AGCCGAGCCGCCAGGUUGCACCGGAGCGCGGUUGCCCUCUCGGACUUUGCUCCCUGGGCCGGGCCUUGCGCGGGGUUUCCAAAAGCCCCGCGGCCCCGCCGGCGCAAUGCUCGCCUUGCUAGCCAGGAACAUGGUGAAGCCAUCCGGGUGGUUGAAGCCGGUGGCAUUCAGGAAACUACGAGGGCGCUACCUUACCCAUCAAGAAGGUUUGCCCCAUCUCCCGGUUCCUCCUCUGCAACAGACUUUGGAUCGUUACCUGUUAGCGCUGGAGCCCGUAAUAAGCAAUGAGGAACUUAGCCACACCAAAGAGUUGGUGCGGGAUUUUCAGAAACCGGGUGGCGUCGGAGAGCGACUGCAGAAAGGACUGGAGAGAAGAGCUCGGAAGCAUGAAAAUUGGCUUUCGGAUUGGUGGCUGAAAACAGCUUAUCUGGAGUAUCGGCUGCCGGUGGUCAUCCAUUCCAGUCCUGGCGUCGUGCUGCCUAAACAAGAUUUCCUGGAUCGGCAGGGACAGCUCAGAUUCGCGGCCAAGAUGAUCGAAGGGGCUUUGGACUUUAAGACUAUGAUUGACAAUGAAACUCUACCUGUGGAAUAUCUCGGUGGGAAACCUCUUUGCAUGCACCAGUAUUACCAGAUCCUCUCCUCCUGCCGCAUCCCGGGCCCCAAGCGAGACUCGGUGGUGAAUUAUGCGAAAGGGAAGAAAUCUCCCACCCACAUCACCGUGGUCCACAAUUUUCAGUUCUUUCAGCUGGAUGUCUACAGCAGCGACGGAAGCCCCUUGACCACUGAUCAGAUUUUCAUCCAGCUGGAGAAGAUUUGGAACACGUCCCUUCAAACCAACAAGGAGCCCAUCGGAAUUUUGACUAGCAACCAUCGCAACAGUUGGGCCAAAGCCUACAACAGCCUCAUCAAAGAUAAGACCAAUAAGGAAUCUGUGCGCACUAUUGAAAAGAGCAUCUUCACUGUGUGCUUGGAUGCCCCAAUGCCCCGGGUCUCGGACGAUGUCUAUAGGAGCCGAGUGGCCGCUCAGAUGUUGCACGGUGGCGGAAGUCGUUGGAACAGUGGAAACCGCUGGUUCGACAAAACCCUCCAGUUCAUUGUAGCUGAAGAUGGGUCCUGCGGGUUGGUGUAUGAACACGCGCCCUCCGAGGGCCCCCCAAUUGUAGCCCUGCUGGAUCACAUCGUGGAGUACACAAAGAAGCCAGAACUUGUAAGAUCCCCCAUGAUCCCUUUACCGAUGCCGAAGAAACUACGGUUUAAUAUCACCCCAGAAAUCAAGAACGACAUUGAGGAGGCCAAGCAGAACCUCAACAUCAUGGUGCAAGAUUUGGACGUCAAGGUGAUCGUAUUCCAUCAGUUUGGAAAGAAUUUCCCCAAGUCGGAGAAAAUCAGUCCGGAUGCUUUUAUUCAAGCCGCUUUGCAGUUGGCUUACUACAGGAUGCACGGGGAGAUUCGCGCUACUUAUGAAAGUGCCUCGCUCCGUAUGUUCCGUCUUGGACGGACUGACACCAUCCGCUCGGCCUCCAUGGACGUGCUGAAGUUUGUACAGGCUAUGAGUGCUGACAACAAACAGAAUCAGGAGAAGGCGGAGUUGCUGAGACGAGCAACCCACGCGCAUCGAAGCUAUACUGACAUGGCAAUUAGAGGAAAUGCAAUUGAUCGUCACCUUUUGGGCCUGAAGCUUCAAGCUAUCGAGGAUCUGGUGAGCAUCCCUGAACUCUUCAUGGAUACUGCCUACGCUGUUGCCAUGCAUUUCAAUCUCUCCACCAGCCAGGUCCCCGCCAAGACAGACUGUGUGAUGUGUUUUGGCCCGGUCGUGCCAGACGGUUACGGCAUUUGCUACAACCCCAUGGAGGAGCACAUCAACUUCGCCGUCUCGGCCUUCAACAGCUGUAGCGAAACAAAUGCCGCCCGGAUGGCCCAUUAUUUGGAACAGGCCCUGCUGGACAUGCGUCUUGUGCUCCAGUCAAACCCCAAGUCCAAACUUUAAGAGGGUAGGGAGGGAAGGUGUUGCUGGAAGCCUUAGAGAGGCUAACUACCUGUCAAACUAAUUGUCCCCUGGUGUGGGCCCCAACCAUACCCUGGACUUCCCCCAGGGGGACAGAAGACUUUUCUUUGUUGUGCUGAGUUUUGGGGAUGGAAAUGAACUCAACCACACUGAACAGGGACGACACCAGGGUUACCUCAUCCAUUCCCCUGCCUGGUCACCUUUCCUCCGUUUGUAUCAGUCUGUGCCUUAGAGAGGUGUUUAGGGAGAACGGGGAGUAAGGCUUCUGAAGCAAAGGGAAUCUGGACCUUCCUUGGCUUGAUGCUAGAUUGAACAAGCAGGUCGUAGCUCAGAGUCUCCAGAGAUGUUUAGCCUGUGAUUCAUACAGUGUUUGCCAUCUAUCUGAAUAUACAAGUCAGUUUCAUAGCAUCCAUCAGUAUGAUGGGUUUCAUGCUAGAGCCAUCUUAUUGUUUGAUGAUGAAGAUUACUUUUACUCCUCCUCCUCUUCCCCCUUCCCCCCUUUCUACCCUACCCUGUCCUCCAUGUUUGCCCCAUUCCACCAAGUGUUUGGAUAUUUUGCUUUCGGCCGAUGUCCAUCUUGCCAUUUUGAAGGCGUAAGGCAGUAUGUAGACAUUCAGCCAGUCCACGCGUGUCUUGCAGAGUUGCUGAAAGCAUCUGAUCAUCUUUGCAAUGGCGUGGUGAGUUUCUACCAAGGAGUAUUGCGUGCUGCUAUCGCAUUCUUGGUUCUUCCCCAGUGGAAUGGGGAGGUGGUCACCACAGCUCUGGUUCCAGAGCGAAGGCCCAGUUAAAGGUGCAGGUGUGGUCCCUUCUGAACUCCCUCUUCCCAUCCCAAGUUCCUAUCGUGACUGCUUUGCAAAGAUCAGGCAUUUCUGAGAACCUUGCUUGGGCUUUGCUCUAUUUGGAGUGGUCCAUGCUGCUCAGUGAUAGAUUAGUUCCAAGCCUGUUGGUGGAAAUAAUGUUUCAUCUUUCAAUCCAGAGUCCUGUAGAUGUGGUGGAUUGCCAUGAUCCUCACUCACAGCCAAGUAGCUGUGGAUGAGGGAUGCUGUUGUCCAGUACAUCUAAAAGCCACCAAGUUAAGGAGAGGAGAAAUAACUUGCUCAGUAAUACAGCAGCACAGGAUCCAAACUGAAUAAGUAAUGAUUACUUUUGAUAUAUUGGGCUUUUAAAAUAGGGAAUCAGGUUUUGAAUUAGAAAAAUGACUGUCUGCUGCUUUUGGGCAAUCUUGUCUA